AUGACGUUCAAUGAUGCAAUAUCGGAGUGUACGGAAUUAAAGGCAGAAUUAGCUUAUCCUCCAGACAGAGGGAAUGAGACUACUCUGUCACCUGAAAGUGCUUUGUUGUCAUACCUGGCUGUACGCGGUGGUUGGGUUAAAGAAGGAACAGAAGAGGUCGAGGAAGUGUUUGUGAAUUGGAAUAUUCCUGAUCAAAGGGAGAUUAAAUCACGUCAGAAAUGUCAAACAUCAUUUGUUUAUCGUCAUGACUACUGCUAUAUCGCGGGUUUUACUAACUUCAUGCCUCGUUUUGCAAUCCGAACAGUUUGCAAUUUAUUGGAUAGUGAAAUAGUCAAAAUUAGGAAUAAGGAGGAGGCACAUACAGCUUAUGGACUUGCUGGUGGAAAGUCGUUCUGGCUUGGAUUGAGAAGAGGAAAGAGGGAUUGGUAUUGGGAUACUAGUACCUAUGGAACUCGAGCACAUUUUUUCUUUUGGCGUACAGGACAACCGGAUAUAACAGACAACAAAAAUUGUGUUUACGCAGCUUACGCAGGAGAGUGGAUGACUGCUGACUGUGAUAACUUCCGCUCACCAAAAAUGCCCUUCAUACAAGAACUAGAAGAAAGAAGUUAUAUGGAAUCAUUGAGAUGA